AUGGCCUGGUUUGGUCACGUCAUAUGUCAUGACAGCCUCGCAAAGACCGUACUACAGGGCACCGUAGAGGGGGAGGAGGGACGAAAACUGCGAGCUCUGGAACAGAGGUUGUUUGAGAUCAUCCAAGCUGAAUAUCCAGAAUUUUCAGAGUCAACAGGGCUUGUCCACAGUGAUGGAAGAGUUGAAUCUUAUGCAUUUCAAGCAUUUGAACGGCGUAAGAAUCAGAAUUUAGAAUUGCUGAACCAGAUGGAAGGCAUCGACAAAAUACGACUCACUCGAGACGAACUACGAGAUUUUAAAAUAUUACGCAACCAUGUGCAGACCUACGUGAAAGGCUAUGAAUUCAGAGAAUGGGGAAGUUUGAACCCUUUGAAUUUCCUUGAGGGUCCGCUGAAAAACCGCGACUGGAUUUCAAAACCGAUGACGUCAGAUCCGAAGACAUAUCUCUCUAGGCUUCAAGCCAUUCCACAACAAAUAGAGGAACAAAUUUUACUCAUGAAGAGAGCCAUUCAACUUAACAGGACCAACCAUAUAAUCACAAUGAAUGGCAUUCUGGAGGUUAUAUGGUCCGAUAUGUUCUACUUGUACCGAAACCAGAAGCGAGAAGAUCUGAACAUUUCCUUACAAAACUCUUCAAGCACCCAAUUAGAGGCUUGGGACAUCAGCAUGGACAACAUAGUGAAUGCUCUGCGGAACAUGGCGGAAUUUCUUGAUUUGGAAUAUUUCCCAGCAAGUCGGGCUAAUAUAGGGGUAUCUUCCAUGCCAGGGGGCCUGGAUUACUACCAAGCAUGUCUGGAUUACCACUUAGGAACCCGACUCACACCGAAAGAAAUCCACAAUCUGGGGCAUAGCGAAGUUAAGAGGAUAGAAAAGCUUAUGAAGAAGGUAAUGCAACGAAUGGGGUUUAGGGGAGAAAUAUCAGAUUUCUUCCGAUACUCCCAGAAAAAGUUUCGAUACCGAAAGCAAAAGCGGAACACAUUCCAGACAUACCGGAAUGUAAUCGACGACGCACAUGAUUCCUUAUGGAAAAUAUUCCGUAAAAUUCCGCUGACCCCAUUAAAAAUAGUUACGUACAAUAAUUCGAGAAUACCUGCCAGAGGACAUUACACCAACAACGUGUUUUACAUCAAUGUACAUUAUCAGAACGGGACGAAUACAAAUGUGCUCCCGUUGGCUUUUCACGAGGCGUAUCCAGGCCACCAUUUUCAGGAAUGUUACAAAAGGCAGCUGAGUCUCCCCCUCUACAGGCAGCAUCUCGUCUUCCGCCGCAGAUAUGCAAUACCUUUCACAUACCCAACGUACGCAGCAUUUACUGAGGGCUGGGCACUGUACGCAGAACAUUUAGGAAUGGAAAUGGGAUUUUAUCAAACUCCCAUGGAAACAUUUCAGAAAUAUUUGUCGGAAAUUUUCCGGGCAUGUCGACUGGUUGUAGACACAGGGAUCCAUGCCUUUGGAUGGACGAAAGAAAGAGCAGUCGCAUUCAUCAGGAAUUACACGAAUUCUCCUUACGGCGAAAUAGCGCGAGAAGUGGACAGGUAUAUCACGUGGCCUGGACAGUCAUGCGCUUACAAAGUGGGUGAGCUGAAAAUUAGAGAUCUCCGAGAUCGGGCAGAAACUCUGCUAGGUGACAAGUUUGAUGUCAAAGAAUUCCACCACCAGAUAUUAAAAUCGGGGCCUGUUAGCCUGGACAUUCUAGAAGAAGUCAUUCAGGAUUGGUUGGUUAGCUCGAGAUCUCCUGUUGUACCAAACCCCGUCCUGUAUGCGCACUCAGCGUCGGCGGCAACCGGGACAUUUACAUGCACUGUAGCAGUAUCAAUUUUGUCAUUACUAAUUGUAUCUCUAUUGGGGAGAUUUUUAUGACAAUUUGUGGUUUAAAAUACAGGUGUGUGUGUAUGUGUUAUAUUUUGAAAGCAUUAUAUUUUUAUACACGUUAUUGUUAUAAAAUCAAUUUCUCUU